AUGGGCGCCAGGAUCGGUAGGCGAGGCAUUGCGGACGAGAAAGUGUUGGAGUUCUUCUUGCACAAUGCUGUGGAGGACCCCGUGAGAAACAUCGUCGACCAGCUCGUGCAAAACCCCACCGCGAGAGAGGCUCUCGACCUCGGCGACGGCAUCGUCUUCGAGAACCACCCUCACGCGCUGAGCGAUACAGCGGAAGAGGUCGUUGACAGACAAACACGGUCCCUACCGCCGAGCACGCCAGGUCACGGGGAAAAUCUGAAGAAGCUGCAAGCGGAUCAGAUCUGCAUUUACCGCUCCGACGGUGCCCAAGGGAGUCGGACAAGAGCCUUCAUUUGCGAGUACAAGCCGCCACACAAACUGACGGUCCAACAUCUGCACGUCGGUCUGCAUGUGACGGACAUCUACAAAGACGUCGUCAACCGGAAGACGAUACCGAAUUCAGAAGACACAGAGGCGCGCUUCAAAUACCACGCGGAAAGGCUUACCGCGUCGGCGAUCACGCAGACAUACCAUUACAUGAUCGAAGGCGGUCUUGAGUACAGUCUCUUGACUACGGGCGAGGCGAUUAUCUUCCUCAAGGUUGACUGGGACGAGCCGGGGACGCUUUUCUACCACAUGGUCGUGCCAAGUAUCGAAGUCGCGGCCCAAUCGAGGGACGCCCGUCUGUGCACAGCCGUUGCUCAAUAUCUCGCCUUCACGCUGCUGGCCGUUGACGGAUUAGGAACGCGGCGGUACGGUCAGGACGAGCGCGACCGGGUGACGAAGGGGCUCAACAGGUGGGAGGUGUCGUUCGAGUCGACGUACCGAUCGAUCCCCGAGCAGGACCGUUCGUUUAUUCCCGACAGCUCGCCGGGUUACCAGCCUCCUACGUACGGCAAUGUAGAUCGGUCACCUGUCCGUCGACGAAAGAAUCCGCCGCGGGGACAAGGGCACGCCGACGCCCGGGUUCCCUCGAGACGAGACGAUAGAUCCGAAUCGUCGGAUGAGGAACCCAAUCCGAGAGCGCCAGCCACGCCGACACCCGCCCAGCGGAACACGAGACAAGGAGCUAGACGGAGCGAGCGCUUGGCCAUGCGGCCGCGUGGAGGCGGUGCCGACAACAGCGGUCAACGCCGACCGUUUUGCACGCAGAAGUGCCUACUUGGCCUGGUUCGAGGACAUGCUCUGGACCGCAGCUGCCCUAACGUCUCUCUCCACUGCCGGGGGAAGACGCAUAUUGAGCGCGGUGCCACCCGCCACCCCGUCGACCAUGCCAAAUGGCUGCAGCUACUCUGCGCGCAGCUCAAGGAGACACUGGACCGUGGCAUUACGCCCCUUGAGAAGAGCGGCGCUCGCGGUGUACUUUUCAAGGUAACGCUGCUCGCUUAUGGAUACACGUUUGUAAGCAAGGGGACAAUCCAGGUGUUUAUCCCCGACCUUGAACACGAAGCGGCCGUGUACCGACGCCUAGAGGAUUUACAGGGGAUUCAUGUGCCCGUGUUCCUUGGCGCUGUUGACUUGCGAUCCGUGGAUAGGACAUACUUCUACGACCACAGGGUGUACAUUGUGCACCUAACGCUCAUGUCAUGGGGUGGUGAGAGUCUGCAUGAAGCGCGAGGGCGCGUGCUUGCGACGGAAGAGCAAGUCAAGCGCAGCCUGCACGCCAUACACCAGCAUGGUGUCAUACACAGGGAUGUGCGCGGCCCGAAUAUUCUGUUCUGUGAGGAGACUGGCGGGGCGAUGAUGAUUGACUUUGAACGGGCGGAGCUGCUGGAGCCGCCUCGACCUCCGCUCGCAAAGAUGGCGCCGAACAAGCGUCUCUUGCCAGAUUCACCCUGGGAGCAAAAGCGUCAUAAAUCGCGUCGGGUGACGAAGUGCUUUUCCGAGGACAUCUUGAUGGCGAGUGGGCUUUUCGUCACCACCACCACAGCCACGGCAAGAAGACCUGCGCCCGCGCUCGAUGAACCGAUGGACGUCGACGAGCGUGAAGCUGAGUCCGCCAACGACUACGAGGACUCGUUCAAGCGCUUCAUCCAGUGGCGCUGGGCCCCUAACGGCACCUCCAUCGAGAUUCAGGUGGAAUGGGCGGCCGGCGACACAACGUGGGAGUACGAAGUGAACCUGCACGAGGACGCACCCGAGGCGCUACUGGCCUACUGGCGGGAAAAUGGCGGGCGGCCGGUGAGCCCAAAGGACCCGGACGUGUUCGACGUCCUGGCGGUGCGCGACCACAGCGCCGACCGCAAGCGGCUGCUGGUGGAAUGGGCCGGGUUCGGGCCCAGGGAGGCCACCUGGGUAUCGCGACGGAGCGUGGAGCAGACGGCGCCCUCGGUUGUGGCCCAGUACAUGAAAGGGGUGAGAAAGGAAAAGACGCCGGUGAAGCAGCCCAACGCGGUGGCCAAGGCGAGGAUGGCCAGCAGCACGGCUUCGGCGCUGGCAAAGCCCGCGGCCAAACCAAAGGAGCCGGCCCAGACAAAGGGGGCAGCGGCAGCCAAGGUCUGCUCGGCGAAUGGGGCCAAGGAUGAAGGAAGCGUGUCCAAGAAGAGAGGCAGGCCGGCAAUGCGGCCCCCGAAACGGCGGCCAGGAAUUGCCUAUCGCGUACAUGGGCAAACCGUGUAA